UGGCGUUGCCCCAGUUAUCGGAAUGGCGUCCAGUCGGAGGUUGGCACCGCUGUCCGUGGUAACUGUCAGCUCCUGGCUGCUUCUCCUAUUGUGUGUUCAUUUUGGAAGUGGACAGAAGAAAAAAGAGAACCUCCAGGCAGAAAAAGUGGAACAGCUAAUGGAAUGGAGCUCCAGACGUUCAAUUAUUCGAAUGAAUGGUGACAAAUUUCGAAGGUUUGUUAAGGCCCCUCCUCGUAAUUAUUCUGUGAUUGUGAUGUUCACUGCUCUUCAGCCCCAAAGACAAUGUUCUGUCUGCAGACAAGCAAAUGAAGAAUACCAGGUGCUGGCAAAUUCAUGGCGGUAUUCCUCUGCAUUUUCUAAUAAGCUUUUCUUCACUGUGGUGGAUUAUGAUGAAGGAGCAGAUGUAUUUCAACAGUUAAAUAUGAACUCUGCUCCCACAUUCAUGCAUUUUCCACCAAAAGGCAAACCCAAGAGAGCUGACACCUUUGAUCUCCAGCGAAUUGGAUUUGCAGCUGAACAGCUUGCAAAGUGGAUUGCUGACCGAACUGAUGUCCAUAUUCGUGUGUUUAGACCUCCUAACUAUUCAGGCACCAUUGCCUUGGCUCUCCUUGUUUCACUCGUAGGAGGACUGUUGUAUUUGCGGAGAAAUAAUCUGGAAUUUAUCUAUAACAAAACCGGUUGGGCCAUGGCUGCUCUGUGUGUGGUAUUUGCUAUGACUUCUGGACAAAUGUGGAAUCACAUUCGUGGUCCUCCAUAUGCUCAUAAAAACCCACAAAAUGGACAAGUGAGCUACAUCCAUGGGAGUAGCCAAGCUCAGUUUGUUGCAGAGUCACACAUCAUUCUUCUCCUAAAUGCUGCCAUCACCAUGGGAAUGGUUCUUCUAAAUGAAGCUGCAACAUCUAAAGGAGACGUUGGAAAAAGACGAAUAAUCUGUCUGGUGGGAUUAGGCUUGGUGGUUUUUUUCUUCAGUUUGCUGCUGUCAAUAUUCCGGUCCAAGUAUCAUGGAUAUCCUUAUAGCUUUUUAAUAAAGUAACCAAUGGAGCCGCACAACAUCUGGGCAUGGGCAUGAAGAUAAAUGUCAUCUGAAAAGGAAGUAUUCUAUAUUUGGUUCUGCAAGGCAUCGUUAAAAAUGUUAACCAUUAAUUUCGACACUUAUAAUUGUGGAAAUGCGUAACUGUUGUUUAGAAGGGAAUCUUGUGUUUGCAUUCAUUUUGUCUUUCUAAUGUAUAGAUUUAUUUAUUAGCUUUGAGUUGCUGUAGAAGAUGAUGCAGAAAUUGAUCAGAAAUAUAAUGAAAGUGCAAGAAUCUCCAUAUGACUUUCGACUAAUUCCUUUGCACCAUUCAGUAUCGUAUUUCACAUAAGUGCUUAAUGCUCUUGUCAGAUUCCUGAAAUGCACUGGAAGAAUCAUGUUUCUAAAGAAAAGUCUGGGAACAAAAUUUUAUAUGCUUCACAGGAAAUUGUUUCAAGCCAAAGUAAAGGGAGCUUCAUUUGUCCACUAUAUUUAAGUAUUUGUGUAGAUCCAAACAAGGAUAGUCAGUAAAUGUGCAACCAUAUGUCUUAUUAUCAGGAAUUGGCAAAUAUCAUUUUUCAAAAAUAUUCUCUUUGGCAAGAGGUGCUGUGCUUAAUUUUUGUGGUAGCAUGCAGAGCUGUGAGAAACCUUCAGGCAGGGUGAUAAUUCUCCGUGCCAUGGACAUUCACAAGAGGACUGCCUUUUGUAUUAUCUGAAAACACUCAUUCAGCAGCCAUCUGCUGGGGCCUUUCAGCUGAAUUUUAAAAUUUAAAAUAAUGCACUUUAUUUUAUUUUAUUAAACAGUUUUUACUUUUUAAAUACAUUUUACAUUUUUUAAAACUUACCAGAGAAGUUUGCAUUUUCACGUGCAUGGCACAGAAGAUACUUCUGUGCAGGUGUUUAUACUAAAUGUACAGUAGCUAUCUCCUGUAGUCCUGAAGAAGAGUCUCGGCCCAAAACGUUGACUGUUUAUUCUUUUCCAUAGAUGCUGCCUGACCUGCUGAGUUCCUCCAGCAUUUGUGUGUGUUGCUUUGGAAUUCUAGCAUCUCCAGACUUUCUCGUUAUGUAGCUAUCUAUCAUUCUCCUCUUCUAAAAUUUGGUUCUAGCAAACCCCAUGGAAUUUAUUUUCAUUGCACUUUGCUACCAAGCUCACUUAAGUUAUAACAAUAUGUUGUUUAUGGAUAUUCAUAUGAUUAGGAAGUACACAUUUGGAAGAAAAGAAGCUCAGAUGAACCAAGGCCCUCAUGCACAUAAACCAGGAGAAUAUUAAAAGAAAAUGGAAAAACGUUGUGAUAUUAAGAAUAUACGAAGAACUAAUAGAUAAAAAGCAGUGGAAAGCAAAUCAAAACUGAAUUUGUUGGCAAGUGACGAAUCCCUAAUGACUAAAUAAGUGCUCAUGCUACUGUAUGAGGCUGACAUAAAGAAGCUGUGACUUAUUUGGCACUUUAAAUCACCAUUGGAAGUGUAAUGUAUACUGAGCAAUAUAUUUUUAUGACCCAGGAACAAACACAGGAAUGUCAAUGUUAUUUAAGGCACUAUAGAUGUCAUGUGUUCUAUGAACUUGGUAGAAAGCCCAGGCCAAUUGCCACAAAAUAUUGUCCAUCAAUCAGUCCAACUUCACUGCAGACCUGUGCCAAGCUUAUAUUACUUUAUUUAAAAUUUCAAACAGCCCUGUUUCUCAGCAGCUGAUUGUAAAAUAGGAAACAUUCUGACUUGAUGAAGCCAGUUUAUUUAAGCUACUUCAGCAUAUAGCCAUUUGAUUGGAUGAAUGGAUCAGCAACAGACUAAUACUGUGAAUGGCUGGCACCUAUUAAAUUUAACCUGCACUGCUAAAUGGAAUGGUAUCUUGUGACUGGAGCAGGUGCUAACAGUGCUACAAGAAAUGAAUCUAAUUGUCAUGAUGGUGCCAGCACUGAGAUUUUGGAUUAUUGCAUCGGAAAACUUGGGAGCAGAGGUGGAUAGUUGCGUUUUUGUAGCAGAUCUCUAGAAAUCAUUCAGAAAGCAGAUGGCUCUGGAAGUUAACAAAAUAGAUUUGACUUAGCUUGACUGGAAUUGUCAAAACUGUAAUCAGCAACAGCUGUGACCAUUUCGAGUAUGACCGUAUGCUCAUUCCUAAUCCUGUGCCUCCUGUCCCCAAACCACAGUCUCCCCUGAUUUACAAAUUACUGAUGUUUUCUGUGCACAAACUUGUUUCCAUUUUUGAUAAUAUUUACAAAUAAACCACGUAGUGAAGGAAGAGCAAAAAACAGUGACAAUGUACCUUCAGUUAUCAAUAAUGUGAGAGUGGAUCUGGGCCUGGUUAGAUACUGGGCAUGAGGGUCUACAUCUGCAGCAAGGGGCUUGGACUAAUAUGAAUGCCUGCUCUCUAGAGGUUGAGGUAUGAACCCUAUUUCUACUCAACUGAGGCUCCUGAUAUGCCUCAAUCUGAAAUACUUUUCACCUUCAGAAGCCCACCAGAAAUUGUCUCUUACUAUUAAGAAUCUUGAGUAGUCUGGUACCAAUUUGGCAGAAGACUUUGAGUUAGGAACCCAUUCAUCCCACAUUGACAUAUUGACCAGUUUGAUUUGAAUAGCAAUGAUGCAGCAUUAAGUGUCUCAGCUUUUACUGUAGAAUUAUGUAAUGUCUGGUUGUUGCAUUGGAUGAUCAAACUUCUCAUGGAUGCUUAGUUAGACUUCAGAUGCCUUGGCUCUGUUUACCAUGACUCACAGUGUAUCACAAAGGCCAGCAACAUGUCAGCCAAUGGGUUUUCUCAGGUGGCGGCCUGAGUAAAGUAGAAGUAACCCUUGUAGGGCAUGAAGAGGAUAAUGCUGCCAAUACACUUGUUUUUGUCAGCCAUCCCAAACUGCAAAUCAAAGUGAACCUCAGGAGACUUUGUAGUUGCCUUUGCUGGUAAUCUGUAGUCUCCACAACAAAAGUUAGCAGCAUUCCUGAUUGAACCACUGGAGUAACUUCAUGGAUUUCCUCCUGAGUUCCCAGCAGAACAAUUUUCCUUUGAUAUAGGUUCCCAUCACGAUUGUGUGGGUUUUUUUUUCUCCUCUUCCACCACCUCCUUUCAUUAGUUUAUCUCCUAUUAUUUGCUCUUUGAUGGUCCUACUACUCAUCCUAGAUUGUAGUUUCCAUUCAUUAAUCAUGGAUCAACUGAUAUGAACAGAGAUUUUGCUCAACUAAAUAAAUAACUAACUAACUAAAUACUGAAAGAGCUCGACUAAAAUUCUUUGCAGACGUUUAAUUUCAAUGAGAUGUGAAGUUACUAAAUAGUUGUCGGAUUAUAAGAGCAGUUAGAAGAAAUCAGCUGUCAUUUAGCCUAUAUUUGCAGGAUUAUUUAUUUAAAUAUUGUAGUACUUCUUUCCUGCUGUUCUGUGGUUCUUCACUGAACUGCUUAUAGGAAAUAAUUUUGUAAUUUCAUAAUUUAGUGAUGAAAAAUAGGCAUAAUAGUGCACAACAACCUUUCUGAACUAUUGAAUGGUUAAAAUCCAGAGCGUAAAUUUGAGUUCUUAAAUUUCAGUACUAAUUGCUCUUAUUGAAGUGAAAUCCAGCAUGAUUCACCCUACAAAUGUACAUGCAUAUUGCAAGUUCAGGUAUAGAUCCCAGUAGCAAUCAUGCUGUCUUAAAAAAACACCACACUAGCACAUCCAGUUCCUACCUGUGAAAAGUAUUCUUGCCCAUUGCAUGGAGGAGACAGGUUAUUCCAAAAUAGAAAAAAAGGAUAGAUAUGCAUAGGUAGAAAUGGAUAAAUAUACAGGCUAACUGGAUCAUGCCACCUAACUUUUUAAAUAAGAGCAGCACAGCAGCACAUAAGUAUUGCAGUUAAAACACAAUCAUGGCAGGUAUGGUUUUAUUAAAAUUGCAUUAGAACAGUUUUAAAAGAUAUUGAAGCAUAUAUAAGUAUUAUAAAACAUUUUACUUUCAUUUUAUGUUUUUUCUCACUUUUAUUCCAGCCUUUCUUUUACUUAUAUUUUUGGGUUUCCAAACUUUGUGUGACAAUGAACCCACCCAUAAUAACUCAAUGUCUACUCUCUUAUUUCUAAGCACUUAAAACUUGCACUUUACCAUUCCCUAAAUGUAUUUCUCUUACUGCACCACAUGGAAAAAAAAUUCAAAAUUAACUCUUUGUUUAUGGUAGAUCUUGAAAUAUGUUCUUCAGAAGGGAUACAUUGUUGACAUCUUCAACCUAUCACUGUUACAGUCAGAGGUUCCCACCUGCUUCAAAAGGGCAUGAAUCAUACUGGUGCCCAGGAAGAGCGGAGUAAGCUGCCCAGUAGUACUCACAUCUACAGUGAAAAACUACUUUGAAGGGUUGGUCAUGAUUAGAAUUAAUUCCUACUUGAGCAGGGACCUGGACUCGCUGCAAUUUGCUGACCACCAACCAAAAGAUCUACAGCAGAUGCAAUCUCAUUGGCUCUCCACUUGGCCUCAGACCGCCUGGACAAAAACAAUACCAAUUUCAGGCUAUUGUUCAGGGACAUAACCAUUGUUGUUAAAGCACAUUCUUGGCAGGUAAGGCUUUAGUAAAAUGGCAUUAGAACCUUUUAAGAGAUAUUGAAACUUAUAUAAGUAUUUAAAACAUUUCAACACCAUCAUCCCCUCAGUACUAAUGAACAAGUUUUAAAUCCUUGGCCUCUGUAGCUCCCUGUGAAAUUGGAUCUUGACUUCCUCAUCAGGAGACCACAAUGUGGACUGGAAAUAACAUCUCCUGCUCACAGAGUAUCAAUAUGGAUGCACCUCAAAGUUGCAUACUUAGCUAACUGCUUUACUCUCUCUACAUUCAUGACAAUGUAGCUAGACACAACUUAAGCUCCAUUUAUAAAUUCACUAAUGACACAACUGUUUUUGGGAGAAUCUCAGCUGGUGACGAGGAGGCAUACGUGAGUGAGAUAGAUUAGCUGAUUGAGUGGUGUUGCAACAACAGCAUUGCAUUCAACAUCAGUAAGAACAAGGAAUUGAUUGUGGACUUCAGGAAGGGAAAGUCAGGAUAACAUACACCAGUCCUCAUCAAAGGGUCAACAGUUAUAAGGGUGAGCAAUUUCAAGUUCCUGGGUUCCAACAUCACAGAGGAUCUAUCCUGAGCCCAACAUAUUGAUGCAAUCACAAAGAAGGCACUCUGCCAGCUAUACCUCAUUGGGAGUUUGAUGAGAUUUGGUAUGUCACCAAAGAUGAGCAGAUUUCUGCAGAUGUUCUGUGUAGAGCAUUCUGACUGAUUGCAUCAUUGACUGAUAUGGAGGCUCCAUUGCACAGGAUCGAAUAAAGCUAUGUAGGACUGUAGACUCAGCCAGCUCCAUUAUGAACACUAGCCUUCCCACCAUCAAGGACAUCUUCAAAAGGUGGUGGCUCAAGAAUGUCACAUCCAUUAUUAAGGACCCUCACCCUCCAGGACCUGACUACAUUCUUUUCACUAUUGCCAUCAGGAAGGAAGUACAGAGCCUAAAGACGACAUUCAAUGUUUCAGGAACAACUUUUUCUUGCCCUCCCUCAACAGAUUUCUCAACAGUCCAUGAACCGUGAACAAUAUCUUAAUCUUUUGCUUUCUUUUUGCACAAUUUAUUAUCUUUAUGUAUUUCUUAUUGUAAUUUAUCAUAAUUUUUAAUGUAUUGCACUGUAUUGCUGCUGCAAAACAACACAUCUUACAAUGUCUGUCAGUGAUAAUAAACCUAAU